AUGAUGGAUGCGUUGAAAAUGCAGGCUUUUAUGAUUGUUCAAAUUAAUAAAAUGCGAGAGGGUGAUAGCAUUCUUGAUGGGACUUUAUUGCAGAAUGUUUUGUGUAUGUUGUUGGAUUUUGGGAUGGACUAUUAUAAAGAUUUAGAGUUGGCCAUUUUUGAAAGUACCAACAUAUAUUAUUCCAGAAAGGCUGCUUCAUGGAUAUUCAUGGCAGCCUUUGAUAGUUUUUGCAAUCAACAAGUUGCAGGAAAUACUAUUUGGGAAUUGUUGGUCUCAUUUUGUGACAAUAUUUUGACAAAUAGAAACAUGACAUUUUCAGAUGUUGAAGAUGCCCUUGAGAAGGUUGCAAAGAUCUUUCCCUGCGUCCAUGACAAAGACAUGGUUGCAGAUUUUUAUAGGAAGAAGCUCGCAGGUAGGCUUUUUUCCCAUAAAAGUUCAAAUGUUGAUUAUGAAAAAAGCAUGUUAUUUAAGUUGAAGUUUGAGUGUGGAAGACAAUUUACAUCUAAAAUGGAGGGCAUGCUUACUGAUUGGACAUUGGCAAUAAAAACCCAAUCAGAUUUUGAGGAAUAUCUCAGUCAGAAUCCUCUUCAGCCAUGCUCUGGAAUAGAAUUCUCUGUGACAGUUUUGACAUCUGGCUUCUGGCCAAGCUAUAGGUCACCUGAAUCACUUGUCCUUCCUGUUGAAAUGGUGAGACAUUUAGAGUCAUUCAAAGAGUUCUAUAACAGAGAAAAAAUGAACAGAAGGCUAACAUGGAAAUAUUCUCGGGGAACAUGCAUUAUUAUUGGAAGAUUUGACCAAGGUGAAAUUCAAAUAGUUGGAACACCUUAUCAUGCAAGUGCACUAUUGUUGUUCAAUGAAACAGAGAGGCUAAGUUUUUCACAAGUCAAAUCCCAAUUGAAUUUGGAAGUUGAAGAUACCAUUUCAUUGCUGACAUCCCUUGCAUGUUCAAAAUACAAAAUCCUAAGUAAAUUACCAGAUACCCAAUCUGUGAUAGAAACAGAUUAUUUUGAAUUCAAUACAAAAUUUCUUUGUAACAAGAGGAAGAUCCGACUUCCGGCACCCACAGCCAAUGUAAAAGAAAAUGUUAGGAACGUUGUGUUUCGAGAUAGAGAUCAUAUAAUUGAUUCUUCCAUUGGUACUUCUGAGAAUUCCCUAUGUUUUCAUGGUUAUCCUAGUGGACCUUGGAAUUCAAUUUGUAUUCGUGGGUUUGUUGAUUAUGAUUGGACAGGACAAAUUACAAUUUGUUGUGAUAGUGAGAGUGCCAUUAGAUUAGCUAAGAAUCCUACUUUCCAUGCCAGAACAAAGCAUAUUGAUGUACAGUUUCUUUUUGUUCAUGAUAUGGUAGAAGAUGGAAAGGUGAAGUUGGAGAAGGUUGAUACUUUGGCGAAUGUUGCAGAUGAAUUGACAAAGCUAGUCAACACUAAGAAGUUCAAAUGGUGUGCCAGUUUGAUGGGCCUUGGUUCCUGA